UAAAUAUAAGCGGGGGGACGCUCAUUUAGAUUGCAUUAUUAACAACAAUUUAUAAUUUCGUUGAUUAGUCUUUUGCCGGCACGGAAUCAAACAGCGUAUACUGAAACCGCAGGCCGCCUUCCCGUGAAAGUUGAUACUACCAGUACAGCUUUUCUUGUGUUGUUUCGACAUCGGCGUGUUGUUUUGCUUGUGUUGAUUAGUUUACGAUAAAUCACAAAUUACACGUUGUCAUCCGGUGUUUGAUUCAAUGCUGGACAACCCGACAUCGUUAUGAUCCAACUUACUUAAGAACCAUGACCCGUGUCAUCAGACGAUAUCCAAAGAAUGACCCUGACAAGCUACAAUAUCACAACAAGAGUGCUAUCAUUACGAUAACAACAGGCUACGAGUCCGAAAAAUAACGACAAUAUAAUAAACAAAUUGCACGGACAAUUUUCCAAUUGAGCUCGAAACCAAACAAAAAAAAUGUCUUCGGUACCGGCUCAAACGCCUCUCAAUAUCCAGUUUAACGCGGUCAACAGACAGAACAGAAUGGGGGAUGAAAAGCAAUCGAUGCGAUUGGGGAAACGAGCUUUCGCUUUGAAAAGUGACGUGCAAACGGUUCCAGAGGAGAACGAUUUUGGUGAUGAUGAUAACAGUUCAGAAUCACAAGAAGACGAAGACGAAAGGCUUGAAAUGAAAGAACUGAGGACUUCAGAAGCAGCUGCGUCAACAGUAUUAGAUAACAAAAGACUCACUGAAAACGUGCAAACUGACUCCAGCCCGGCAGGCUCUUUAAGGCGGACGAACAGGUUUAAACAUCAGCUAGAUGGAAAUCAACCGUCCACUAGUGCUAGCGCUAGCACGAAUGGCUCGCCCUUAGUUUCCAGCAUCAGCAGCCCGAAUUUUCGCCGAGACCCCAGCAUAAGAUCGCUGAAGAAUUACCAUCAUGUGAUGAGCGACAUGCAAGGUCAACAUUCCAGCAAGCCACCCAGUAGUGUAGACUCGGGUUAUGGCAUGAGCAUGACUCAGAAGCCGUUUUCUGAUGCUGGUUCAGUGCGAUCAUGGGCGUCUGUUGGUAUGGGAUCAACUGACGGGAAGAAAAUGAUUGUUCGAAGAGUCCCAACAUCGCCAGUGGAGCUCUUCAACAUCGUCAAUCCUCCAACACCACCAGAAGAAUACGUGUAUGACGAUGAAAGUGAUGAUGGAAGCGGCGAAGAUGAAGAUAGUAUUUACAUCAAACCUAGAAGGCAGCAUUGGUCAAACAAAUUGCAAUUCGUUUUGGCCUGUAUUGGAUACAGUGUAGGAUUGGGCUCGAUAUGGCGCUUUCCUUAUUUAUGUUACAAGAGUGGAGGAGGAGUAUUUCUGAUCCCCUACACUAUCAUAAUGGUCUUCAUUGGGGGUCCCAUGUUAUACAUGGAACUAGCAGUUGGGCAAUUUACUGGGCGAGGUCCCAUUGGUGCGUUGGGGCAUUUAUGUCCAUUAUUUAAAGGUACUGGACUAGGUAGUGUAGUAAUAUCUUUCCUAAUGUCAACCUAUUACAGUGUGAUAAUAGCUUACGGUGUAUAUUACUUUUUUACUUCGUUUCGAACGAAACAGCCGUGGGACGAUUGUACGCACCGAUGGAACACCCAGUAUUGUUGGGCGGCAUCGAAAUACAGUGCGAAUAUUUCGAAGCCUCUGAACACGCACAGUCCAGCUGAAGAGUUUUAUGAUCGAAAAGUGCUGCAAAUCGGCAGCGGAAUAGAAGACUUCGACAUACUCAGAUGGGAACUAGUGGCCUGCCUUAUAUGCGCUUGGGUACUGAUUUAUUUCGGCAUUUGGAAAAGCAUAAAAUCCUCGGCAAAAGUGCGAUAUUUCACAGCAACAGUGCCAUUUAUCAUCAUUAUCGUUUUACUGAUCAAGUCACUCACUCUGGAAGGGGCUGAUAGGGGGAUGCGCUAUUUUUUCAAGCCCAAAUUCGAAUUGUUACUCGAUGCCAAGGUGUGGGUAAAUGCAGCCAGCCAAACGUUCAACUCGAUGGGUUGCGCUUUUGGAUCGAUGAUUUCCUUUGCCAGUUACAACAAGUACAAUAACAGUAUUCUGCACGAUACGAUCGCUGUUUGGCUCGUGAAUGGCAUCACCAGUUUGAUGGUGGGCAUUUUUGCAUUUGCAACCAUUGGAAAUAUCGCCAAUGAGCAGGGAACAAGCAUUGAGGAUGUAAUUGAUGAUGGUCCUGGAUUAAUAUUCGUGGUGUAUCCUCAGACGAUGGCAAAAAUGCCCACAUCCCAACUAUGGGCCGUGUUCUUCUUCUUCAUGCUCAUCUGCCUGGCCUUAAACAGCCAAUUUGCCAUUGUGGAAGUCGUGGUGACAUCGAUCCAAGACGGAUUUCCUGGCUGGAUUAAGAAGCACUUGAUGUGCCACGAGGUUUUGGUGCUGAUCAUCUGUGUGAUUUCCUUCUUAUGUGGUUUACCCAAUGUUACUCAGGGUGGCAUCUACUUUUUCCAGCUGAUUGAUCAUUAUGCGGCCUCAAUAUCCAUAAUGUAUUUGGCCUUUUUUGAGGUGAUAGCCAUUGCGUGGUUUUACGGCGCUUUUAGGCUGAGCCAAAACGUUAAAACGAUGACCGGAAGACAUCCGGGUUGUUUCAUCAAAAUGUGCUGGCUGGUGAUAACUCCAUUAAUGAUUUUCGCCUUAUGGGUGUUUUUGAUCAUCGAUUACGAGCCCCCCACUUACAACAACGGUGCCUACCACUACCCUCAAUGGGCCAUUGUGAUUGGCUGGAUAAUUUGCUCGCUUUCCAUCAUAUGCAUUCCUGCUUACAUGAUAAUCGUUAUUUUCCAAUCGCCUGGGAAAACGUUAAUGGAGAAACUGAAAAACUCCGUCAAAUCGGAUCUGAUCGAUAAAUGUCCUCAUUGUGAGGAAUUGGAAUGUGACUGCGUAAUCAAGGAGGAAGAAAUCGGGCCCAUGCUGGUGAUGCAAGCGCAUCCGGAAAUAAGGCGGGACAUGAAUAUUCAGAGGGGCAUGCCCAUCUACACACCCAUUACAAACAAUUACCCAACCACCAUUAAUACCAAUCAGACAACGGCUGAUUCGGGCAGAUCGGAAAAUCACAAUAUGGACAAUCUUAGUCAAUAUGAUAACGUAAACGAGAGGUCUGGAAAUUGCGGAGCUUCCAAUCCCAGUAAUAAUAUAAAUAAAUAGGAACCUAGUUCGUAGUCCAAAGCAAUUUCAACCCCUACUGUACAUAGAAUGUAUGCAAAUGUUGUUCAGAUUAUAUGCAGAUUGUAAUGGAAAAAAUAUAAGUAGUAGGUAUUCUUUGGCAGGAGAUGAGACAUUUUAACUUUGGGCCAAAGACAUUUUGCUCUAUAUUAGGUAGCUUUUAAUGAAUAGCUUUAAGUGCUAAUUAACUAAAUGUUUAGUUAGAUGGUCUACUUGCAACACACUCUUAUUGUAAAUAAUUCCAUAAUAGUAUAGGAGGUUUUUCCAGUAUAGAUUUAAUAAGGGCGUGUUUAGGAUCAUUUUACUGAGCAUACAUGUAAGCAAACCGCCAGUGAAAAAUCAAUCUCAAUAUC